GGUGGGGGUACUGGGUCCCUCUGCUCCCCCUCUCCUCUCCGUCUCCUUGGCCACACUGACAGCACUCUCGCCAUGAGCACCUCUGCCGAGGACGGUCCCGAACUGAGCCCCCCGGGCCCGCGGGCCGAACCUGCCCCCGACGCCGCGUCCGAGCCGAACCGGACCGCCGCUCGUCACGAGGAGGAGGAGGAGGAAGAGGAGGGAGAGGAGGAAGAGGAGAGCGCCGCUCCGGACCCGGACCCGGUUCUGGCAGAAGUAGCGGACCCGGAGUGGGUGGAGGAGCGGUUCCGGAUCGACAGGAGGAAGCUGGAGUGCAUGCUGCACGCCCCCAAAGACGAAGACGGCCUGACAGGAGAGGAGUUCUUUGACAGGGUGAUGAUGGAAACUAACACCCAGAUUAAGUGGCCCUCCAAGCUGAAAAUUGGUGCCAAGUCAAAGAAAGAUCCUCACGUGAAGGUGGAAGGAAAAAGAAUCAACGUACGCGAGGCCAAGAGGAAGAUCUUAGACCUCCUCGAGACAAAGGUGAACAAAGUGACGCUGAAGAUGGACGUGGCACACACGGAGCACUCCCAUGUCAUAGGGAAAGGUGGCGGGAACAUUAAGAAGGUGAUGGAGGUGACAGAGUGUCACAUUCACUUCCCGGACUCCAACCGCCAUAGUGUCGCCGGGGAGAAGAGCAACCAGGUACUGUCACCCAGCAACCAGGUGUCAAUCGCCGGGCCUGUCCUCGGCGUGGAGUCUGCCAGGACAAGAAUACGAGAGCUUCAGCCGCUGGUCCUGACCUUUGACCUGCCGGGGGCGCUGGUCCCCCAGGCCCCCCUGGACGCCGGCUCGCCGGUCGUCCAGCACGUGGCGCACACGUUCGGCGUUAGCGUUAGCUUCCGACAGCAGCCCAAGUUCUACACCAGCACCUGCCAAGUGCGGGGGCUGCAGGGGAACUGCGCCUCGGUCAAAAAGGCCACCAGUGUGCUCGCAGAGCUUCUCCUGGGCGUGGAGAACAGCGUGACGGUCAGCACCCAGUUGGACGUCACCUCCCAGCAGCACCUGUUCUUGCUGGGCCAGAACGGGGCCAACUUCCUGAACGUGAUGCACCUGACCCAAACUCAGAUCCUCCUACCCGACCUGAACACGCCCCAAGGCUCCGCCUCGCUGAGCAUCCAGGGGAGUGCCGAUGGCGUGUGCCUUGCCCGACAGCAGCUCCUGGACUGCUUGCCCGUGUGCCUGAUGUUCGACAUGAGGGAGGACGGGGAGUCGGACCCACGCAAGCUGAGCCAGAUGAUGCAGAACCUGGGCGUCUUCAUCAGCGUCAAGCCAAAGGUUAAACAGACUGCUAAGUCGGUGGUGGUGAAGAGCCUGGAGAGGAACGUGGCGAACCUGUACGAGGCCAGACGCCUGCUCCUCGGGCUGGGCCCGUGCGAGAACGCCACGCCGGCGAAGACGGCGUGCGACGCUCCUCCCGCCGGGAACGGCCUCGCGAACUACUGGCUCAACCUGCUGAUGCAGCAGCUCCGCCUCUCCGACCCAGGCGCUGCCACUGUGCAUGAAGCAGUGGUGGCUUCUCUGCUGCAUGCGAAGCCCCGCCCGGCUCCACCCCCCGGUUUGUCUGGGCAUCAAGAGGAGGGCAAGACCACGCUGAGGGGCAGUGACACCAGGCUGGAGCAGAUCCCGGAGAACGAAGACUCGCCCACCUCCUCCGAGACUCCAACGCCCCCGGCCCAGAGCGCAGGGGUCAAAGCAAGCGCUGGCAGCUCGAGCAGGAGGAACAGCCAAUCGGAGGCCGGCAGAGACCAGAACCAGGAAGGCAGCGCGGCCUCCUCGCGGCACUCGGCUUCCAUUCAGAACGGCGGCCAUCUAACGUUCAAGAGAGAGGUGGGCAGAGUCAACAUACAGAGGAGGAACAGCCUCAUGCCAGAGAUCAUCCAGACCCUGGAUCCCAGCUUGGACCCCACACAGAGUGAGGAUUAUGACUAUGAGAGGAAGAAACUUCUGGCAACUAGAGCGAUGCAGAAGAGACCAGUGGUGACGGAGGUACGGACUCCCACAGAUACCUGGAGCGGUCUGGGUUUCUCCAAGUCUAUGCCCAGUGAGGCCAUCAAGGAGCUUCGCUGCGUCAGCCGCCGAUGCUACAAGUCUUACCUGGGCGGCGCCACCCAACAGACAUGGAUCUCUCAGAGCGGCAAGGACCGGGCUUGUAACGGGAGCGACUCUGAGAACUGGCGAGAGAGACGAGGGUCUUCCUCUUCGGUGUCCCCGGCGUCUUCCUCAUCCUCUCCGUCGUCACCCUCCCCCUCCCCCUCGUUGUUGUUGUCGUCCUCCUCCUCCUCGUCCUGCUCCUCCUCCUCCGCCUCUGCCUUCCAGGGCUUCGGGUCCGCUGGAACCCAAGGCCGUACGGACAGACCCUCGGAGACCUAUCUCAGCAGCAGUAGCUACUUUGAGGGCGUGUCCGCAGCCGGCAGGGCGGGGAGCUGCAGCCCCUCCAGCUCCGCCCCCCCUCCGCACACCGCCGACCUGCCCGAGCUCUUCAGCCAGCUGGGCCUGGGGAAGUACAUCGACAUCUUCCAGCAACAGGAGAUCGACUUCCAGACCUUCCUCACCCUCUCCGACGAAGACCUGAAAGAGGUGGGCGUGUCCACCUUCGGCGCCCGGCGGAAGAUGCUCCUGGCCAUUUCAGACUUGAGCAAGACCAGGCGCAAGCUGCUGGACCCGCCCGCUGUGAAGCCGGGCUACCUGGAGGGCGGGGCUAGCGGGCGCCUGCCACGCAUCAUGGCCGUGGACGCGGAGCCGAACGGCUGCUGGUGAGGGCCGUCCGCGAUUCGCCGUCGGCUGACGUCAAUCAAGACCAGGCUCCCGCCCAUCAACAGCCCAACCAGAAGGUCGGAGCGGCUUCUUCUACCCAUGAGCCUCAGCUGUCGCCGCGCCCUCUGCUCCCCAGUUCCGCCUGCUUCCGUUACCCACAGUGCACCUGGAAACCGCUUUAUUUCAAGCUGCAGGCGGUGGGGUCUCUGUCCCUCCAGGGCUGCCCGUGUCUGAAUUCACAGCCCGAGGCUCGGUGUGUCAUGCUACUUAGGCAACGCCUGCAUUUACUUUGCACAGGAAGCUGCAGGUGGAGCUGGAGGUGGAGGUGUUUAUUCUCUCCAGUCCCUCUGAGGAUUCAGCCUGGAAACUCUGUUUUCCCCUCUGGCCUGUGUAUCUGCAGACCAGAGCUUACAGCAGACACACACACACACACACACACACACACGAACACAGACCCAUGCACACGCACACACACACGCACACACCCACAUGCACAAGCACACAAUCACACAAACAUAGAAUCACAUGAAACUCAAAUACAAACACAUGCACAACCAAAUGCAAACACUCAAACAUGCAAACACACACAAGGACGGGAGUGCACCAGCUGGAAAUGUAACCAUGCUGCAAAUGACUAGUGCAAUUCUUACAAAACAAUGAUAACUCAAUGGCUGCAAUGACCACUACCGCACCAAGAGGACGAGCACGGCUAUUUGAAACUGCACGCUUUGAAAGCCUGUGUAAUACCUGGAACUGUUCCUUCAGUUUAGUACUUCUGUAUUCUGUGUUAGAGAGAGAAUUUAGCAGACACGAGAUGUAUUUGAACAGUUUGUGAUCACCCGGAUAUUGACAGGAAAGGCCCUGACCCAGCAGCAACGAUGGAACACACCCGCAAACAACCGUGUGUGUGUGUGUGUGUGUGUGUGUGUGUGUGUGUGCGUGUGUUCACAUACCAACCUGCAGAAGAUCACAACCGGCAGUGUGGAGGGAGUUAACUCAUUUACACAGCCGAGCGAAACCCUCUUUCCAGGGCACAGCCAGAGAAUCGAGACUGGAGAACAACUCAUUUUCCGAAUAAUUCCCACAAUUCUCAGCGCAUUCGGCGCACGGUGUAAGCGGAGGGGCUGUCGUCUCCGUAACUGCACGAUCUGGUCUUGAGCUGGCCUAAUUUCAGCAAACCGGUGGCUUUUUCAAGUCACAUCCUCAAAUUCAGAAUCCGUGUCGUUCAUAUUCACGCCGGACCAUUCCAGGCUGUUGUGCCAGUCGUGAAAGCAGGGUAUAAUUACGGGGUAUACUAACCGGCGUAUUUGUAGUGAGGGUUCAGGCAGCGUCCGGUGCUCGCGUGCAUCUGUGAUGUCACUGCGACACACAGAGCCAGGUUGUCAUGGCGCACGGGGCGACCGAAUGGUGUUUUAUAUCUUUGAGCGCGCACCUGCUCUUUUGUUAUCGCGAGCCAUUGUGCUGGCAGAUCCGGCUGAGCGAUGGCACGGAGGGGAACGGCUCACGUCAUUUUAAAGGGCGGACCGGCUCCAGAAUUCAGCCACCUGCGUGUGUCCUCACUCAGGCACACACUCUCAACACCUAUGUGAGUCUGUCAGAUAAAAAUCAAAUCUUUAUGUUUUUUUGUGAUUUAUUUAAAUAAACACUUGUAUUUCUGAAA